GAUUCACUAACCGUGCACAGCCCUGCCCAAUACAUUUCUAUAAAUUUCCAGUCAUCUUUACUCUCAGGCUCAUCUGAUUCAUUUUCUCAAACUCUCGAAUAGAAAUGGAUCAAUUCAAAGGCCAGCCUCACCUCCCGAAAUUUGCCGUGCCUAAACGCUACGACAUCCGCCUGAAACCCGACCUUUCCGCCUGCACAUUCGCCGGUUCUGUCUCUAUCGACCUCGACAUCGUUACCGAUACCAAAUUUAUUGUCCUAAACGCCGCCGACCUCUCCGUCAACUCCGGCUCCGUUUUCUUCACCUCCUCUAAGGUGUUUGAGCCUGUGAAAGUUGAUUUAGUGGAAGCAGAUGAGAUUCUGGUGCUGGAGUUUGCUGAGACACUUCCAAUUGGGGUGGGAGUUCUCACUAUUCAGUUCGACGGAGUUUUGAACGACAAAAUGAAGGGAUUUUACAAAAGUACUUAUGAGCAUCAAGGUGAGAAGAAGAAUAUGGCAGUUACUCAGUUUGAGCCAGCCGAUGCUAGGAGAUGUUUUCCAUGUUGGGACGAGCCCGCUUGCAAGGCUAAAUUCAAGAUAACUUUGGAUGUGCCAUCUGAAUUGGUGUCACUUUCAAAUAUGCCAAUUGUAGAGGAGAAGGUGGAUGGACCUCUGAAGACUGUUUCGUAUCAGGAAACACCUAUCAUGUCUACUUAUUUGGUAGCUGUGGUCGUUGGUUUGUUUGAUUAUGUUGAAGAUCACACAUCUGACGGGAUCAAAGUUCGAGUGUAUUGUCAAGUUGGAAAGGCAAAUCAAGGGAAUUUUGCAUUGCAUGUGGCUGUGAAGACACUUGAAUUAUAUAAAGAAUAUUUUUCUGUUCAAUAUCCUCUUCCCAAGUUGGAUAUGAUUGCAAUCCCUGACUUUGCUGCUGGGGCAAUGGAGAAUUAUGGCUUAGUUACAUAUCGUGAGACAGCUCUGCUCUUUGACGAUAAGCAUUCUGCUGCAGCUAACAAGCAGAGAGUUGCUACUGUUGUUGCACAUGAGCUGGCACAUCAGUGGUUCGGCAAUCUUGUAACGAUGGAAUGGUGGACGCAUUUAUGGCUUAAUGAGGGUUUUGCAACAUGGGUGAGCUAUCUGGCAGCUGAUAGCUUGUUUCCAGAAUGGAAGAUAUGGACUCAAUUUCUUGAUGAAACUACUGAAGGUCUUAGGCUUGAUGGCCUUGAAGAAUCCCAUCCGAUUGAGGUUGAGAUAAAUCAUGCUUCUGAGAUUGAUGAAAUAUUUGAUGCUAUAAGCUAUAGAAAAGGUGCCUCUGUUAUCCGAAUGCUGCAAAGCUAUCUUGGUGCUGAAUGCUUUCAGAGGUCUCUUGCUGCAUACAUCAAAAAAUAUGCUUACUCAAACGCAAAGACAGAACACUUGUGGGCUGCCCUUGAGGAAGGAUCUGGUGAGCCUGUGAACAAGCUAAUGAAUUCAUGGACGAGGCAAAAGGGAUACCCUGUUGUAUCUGUCAAACUUAAAGAUCAGAAAUUGGAAUUUGAACAGUCACAAUUCUUGUCAAGUGGUUCCCAUGGAGAUGGACAGUGGAUUGUCCCAAUAACUUUAUGCUGUGGCUCAUAUGAUGUGAAGAAGAAUUUCUUAUUGCAAACAAAAUCUGAAACUCUUGAUGCUAAGGAAGCCAGUCUUGCAGACAUCAGAAGUGCUUGGGUAAAACUUAAUGUACAUCAAACCGGUUUCUAUAGGGUGAAAUAUGACGAGGAUCUUGCAGCUAGACUUAGAUAUGCCAUAGAGAAGAAAUAUUUGACUGAAACAGACAGAUUUGGCAUUUUGGAUGAUUCAUUUGCCCUUUGCAUGGCUCGUCACCAGUCUUUGGUCUUGUUGCUUACUCUGAUGGGUGCUUACAGGGAGGAACUUGAGUAUACUGUGCUCUCUAACUUGAUUACGAUAAGUUACAAAGUUACAAGGAUUGCAGCAGAUGCAGCCCCUGAAUUAUUGGAUUACAUUAACCAAUUUUUUAUUAAUCUUUUCCAAUAUUCUGCAGAGAAGCUUGGUUGGGACCCUAAACAAGGUGAAAGCCAUCUUGAUUCAAUGUUGAGAGGAGAAAUUUUGACUGCCCUUGCUGUGUUUGGACAUGAUCUGACAUUAAAUGAAGCAAGUAGGAGAUUUCAUGCAUUUGUAGAUGACAGAAAUACACCACUCCUUCCACCUGAUAUAAGAAAGGCAGCAUAUGUGGCAGUAAUGCAGAGAGUUAGCACUUCAAAUAGAUCGGGUUAUGAAUCUCUCCUGAGAGUCUAUAGGGAGACUGAUCUAAGCCAGGAGAAGACUCGCAUUCUGAGUUCAUUGGCAUCUUGUCCAGACCCCAAUAUAGUUCUUGAAGUUCUUAACUUUGUGUUGUCUUCUGAGGUUCGGAGUCAAGAUGCUGUUUUUGGACUUGCUGUUUCUAAGGAAGGACGGGAAACAGCUUGGACAUGGCUGAAGGAUAAGUGGGAUCACAUUUCAAAAACUUGGGGUUCUGGAUUUUUAAUAACUCGCUUCAUCAGUGCAGUUGUCUCACCGUUUGCUUCAUUUGAGAAGGCCAAGGAAGUAGAGGAUUUCUUUGCAAGCCGCACCAAGCCUUCAAUUGUUAGAACCUUGAAGCAGAGCAUUGAGCGUGUCAACAUUAAUGCAAAGUGGGUUCAGAGCAUUCAGAAUGAGAAGCAACUGGCCGAGGCAGUGAAAGAAUUAGCAGAGAGGAAAUACUAAGGAUGCAGUUUCUUUCCAGGAAGUUUUCGGUUUCUUUAAAACAAGCUGCCAAAAUAAAAAUUGUAUGUGAUUGUGGAUAUGCACGCAUUAGCAAUCCUUCAUCACAACAAAUAUAUCAUGGAUCUUGAGCCUGUGCUCUUUAAUCUGUAUGGUUCAAUGUUUAAUCUUUCUCCUGCAUUAUUGUCUAACCUUUGAGUUUGCAUGUGUUUUCAGUAAAUGACAAUCAGGUCUGUUUCUCAA